AUGAACUUUGAAGACAUCCAAGAGGCAACAGGCUACGAACAGGGACUUGCUGCAGAGUACGCGCGACAGGAGAACCAGGCCAUCCUAGAAGAACUCGAGCGGAAAAAAAGGGCACGGUCGAUUGCGGUCCCUACCGACGAUGGACGUGUACGGAAAAGGCUACGAGAGCUCGGCGAGCCGAUUACGCUCUUUGGAGAACGUGCGGCGGAUAGGAGAGCGCGCUUGAUCCAGUUGAUUAGCAAGAGAGAUGAUUACGAGACUCAAGAGGCGAUGGAGGUGGAUAGCGAGGACUCGGAAGAGGCAGAGGAAUUCUAUACUGUUGGCUCUGAAGAACUCGCGGAAGCUAGGCGACAGAUUGCAGAGUAUUCGCUUCCACGGGCGAGAUUACGCAUCCUGCGACAAAAGCAAGAGGCAAAGAUACCCCUCACUCGGGUUAUCGAUAUGAGAAGAGAGUUCUUUAGAACCUUUGCAAAUAUUGGCUCGCAGAUAGGAGACGAACGACCUCUUGCGCAGGUUCGCUUCUCUCCAGACGGCAAGCGACUUGCUACCGGGAGUUGGGCGGGCGUUGUCAAGACUUGGAGUAUACCUGGGUGUGAUCCCUUGACUACGCAUAGAGGUCAUUCGGACAAGAUUGGCGGUGUAGCCUGGCAUCCCAGCGCCACACUCUCCCUAUCCCCAGCAUCGGCAAAUCUUGUGAGUGGAGGUGGAGAGGGAAAUGUACAUCUCUGGUCGCUGGACAACGAAAUGCCAUUAGCAGUCCUUGAAGGCCAUAAAGCUCGGGUCGCCCGAGUAUGUUUCCAUCCAUCUGGGAACUAUGUAAUGUCGGCAAGCUUUGAUGGUACAUGGAGACUUUGGGAUGUCAACACUACCAAGGAGCUACUCUCGCAGCCAGGUCAUUCCAAAGAAGUAUUUGCAAUUGCAUGCCAAGUCGAUGGGUCGCUCGUCGCCUCUGCUGGAUUGGAUGCAUUUGGGCGCAUCUGGGAUCUUCGAACAGGUAGAACAGCCAUGAUACUCAAUGGCCACGUCCAACCAAUCUAUGCCCUUGAUUUCUCGCCAAACGGGUUCCAAGUGGCUACUGGUGGCGCAGACGAUACGAUUCGCAUCUGGGAUAUCCGCGCCCUGAAAGCGGUGACGACCAUUCCGGCACAUCGAUCGACCAUCUCAGAUAUUCGCUUCUUCCACUCCUCUAGCCCAUUGGUGUCGCUAAACACCGCGAACGACAACACAAUGGACAUGGACGGUAGUGCAUCCGACGAUCAAGUGUAUGAAAAAUACCGCUCUGGCCUCUUCUUUGCAAGCUCGGGCUAUGAUGGCCAAGUCAAGAUCUGGAGCUCAGACGACUGGCAACUCGUCAAGUCGAUGAAGCUUGAUGUAAACAUGGUCAUGUCCGUCGAUAUUACGGGCGAUGGUCAACUGAUUGCAACGGGAGAUCAUGGUCGAAACUUUCAAUUGUAUGCUGCAGAGGGAUACAGUGUUUGA